UGAUGAUGUUUUACUAACACGACAACAACAAGCAUCAGCUAAAGAAAGGGACACAUGGGUAAAGCAUGGAUGCUAUUUAAAAGAUAACAUUUAUGUCGGACCAAAUGAAAAGCCAGUUUUGCCAAAAUCAAUGUACAAGUGGGCUGCAAUUUUGAGUCAUGGGCAGAGCCAUGUCUCAACAGGAGGGAUGUGUGCACUAGUAGAUAAACACUAUACUACGUAUGGGUUUACAAACUACUCACAAAACUUUUGUCAUCAGUGCAUCAUUUGUAUUAAACAUAAUUCACAGGGACAUGCGAGACCCAAAAGAGGACAGUUUCCUACACCCCCACACCCGUUUCACACAAUACACAUGGACUUUAUACAACUGAACAAAGUUCACAAUUUAGAAUAUGUGUUGGUGGUGAUAGAUGUGUUCUCUAGAUGGAUUGAACUUUUCCCGUGUCGAACUCCUGAUGCUGCAACUGUAGCCAAAGCACUUUGCAGACGAAUUAUUCCAAGCCAUGGUGUGCCUAGACUAAUUCGAAGUGAUAAUGGAACACAUUUUGUUAAUGAAGUGAUUGACAGAAUUGGUGAACAUUUUGGUAUUGAUCUUAAAAGACAUGCUGCUUAUCAUCCGCAAUCAGCUGGAUUAGUAGAGCGACAUAAUGGAACAGUUAAAUCACGUCUAAGAAAGACAAUGGCUGAAACAGGAUGGCAGUGGCCAGACUGUUUAGAUAUUGUACAAUUGAGUAUGAGAACAACACCUGGUGCUGCUACACAGUUAACUCCUUUUGAAAUGCUGUAUGGCAGACCGUACACUAUGCCUGACUUCUCUCACAGUAAAGCUUCACCGGAUGAUGAUGAAGGGAUAGUGGGACAAUUGAUUAAAACACUGUCUUCAAAAGAAUGUGUAGACACGAAUACUGUUCCCUCUUUUUCUGUCUCCCCACAGGACCCUAAAGUGAAGCCUGGAGAUUGGGUGUUUAUCAAAGUUAUCAAGAAAAAGUGUUGGUCCGAUCCACGCUGGGAAGGACCCCACAGAGUCAUCCUAUCUACACCCACUGCAGUGAAGGUGGAGGGCCGGACCGCCUGGACGCAUCUCUCUCAUUGUAAGGUUCGGGACUUUCCAGCUGCGGAGUCAACUGCUGAGGAGGGGAAGCCCGACUCCAAAGGGGACUAGAGGUUUAGAAUCUAGUCGUCUCAACGUCGGUGAAGAUCUUGGAUCCUCCGAAGCCUAGUGACGAUGCCUGGAGGUAACGGACUCUUAAUAUGGAGAAUGGUUUUUGGCACGGCCAUCGCCCUCACCUUGCUGAGACUUCUCUUACAAGGACUGAAUGGAGACUUCUACUUUCUGAAGGACGAAGCACGGCGAUUCAAGAGAUGGGUUUUGUCAGAAGACCUACAUAACUACAACGUCACGCAUGUGUAUCAUUUGAAUUCAUGGUAUCGUUAUGCUCAAAUGCUAGCUGAUUUGAAUAAUGUAUCGGAUUGCUAUGUGUGUUCUCUGAUGCCAAUAUCUGCUUCUCACCCCCGUUUGACAGCCAUAAAACUUCCUUAUGUACAAAGUUCAUGUAUAGGUCA